GAAACGCCCGAACUUUGAUUCGUGCAGCGGGGUGUAAUAAAGUCACUCUCACUCACUCAAUGCCGUCGCGGGGGAUAUAGAUCCUGCUGCAUGUAUCCUCUGUUAAAGGAGGUUAAGGCUUUAGCAGUGGUAGUCUGUUGUAGCAUACACCCACAGAGACGAAGCGUGCUUUCUGCUGAAAACAGUGGACAACUAUAUUUCCUGUUGGCUCCCUAAGAUUUUUUCAGCUGCCAACAUGAUCAAGGAGUGCCUCCAGUUCCUCAUUGAACCAGCCAAAAAAAUCAAGAUCCGUCUCAAGGAGUCUCGUAAGAAAGUGAAAAAUGAGAAGAAAGAACCUUUAGUGGAGAGUCAGCUGUUCAUAAUGGAGCUGGCCAGGGAACUUAACAGACUAUGCCAGAGGUCCAGUGUCCUAGCCCACAUCUGGACGUGUGAAGAUACCUGGCCCCCCAGUGUGUGUCGGGAAUUCAUAGUGGAAUGGGCAGCCGUGCUGGAGAACAGAGUACAGACAAGGAGCAUCCAAAGAGAGCUGCAUGUUGAGUGGUCAGAGAAAAGGGACUGGAAGGAUCAUCUGCUGUGUAUGCUGGAGACAGGAGGAGAACACGACAUCGGAGGCCACAAGCGGGUCAUUUUGGAUUGGACUUACCAGCUGAAGAACAGAUUAGAGCCCAAUAUCUGGCCUGGUGAAACCGUGUUGAUGAUGUUGGAUGAUCUGGAGUUCCAGUGGAGGAGGGGACGCCUGCCAACCCUGCUCCCAGCCAUGGAGCUCAUCAUGGAGGUUGUGCUGAGUUCCGAAAGCCCUGAAAACGAGGAUGUCACUAAACAGUGGCUGAUUAGAAAACAGAGGAGUCAGAGGAUUGAUGCAGCUCGCUACAUUCCCCACAAUGUAUGGACCUGGAUCUGUGAUGCUGCAGAGGAAGUGACCCUUGACCCUAAGACAGCCAACCCAUAUCUCAUCCUCUCAAACGACAACAAACGCAUGCGCUGUGGCCUGGAGCCGCGUGACUCCCCCAACUGCACACCCUGCUUCAACGGCUGGUGGUGUGCUAUGGGGAACCAGGGCUACACCUCUGGGCGUCAUUACUGGGAAGUGGAGGUGGGAGACAGGGACUGGCGCCUGGGCGUGGCUACGGCGUCCGCCCAGAGGAAGGGUUACGGUUCUCUCAACACACAGACGGGCUACCUUACACUGAGGCUGGAGAGAGGCACCGACCUCAAGGCGCUGACCCUGCCCGUCACCCCACUGACCCAGGCGCCGGUCCCCAAGAAGGUGGGGGUGUACCUGGACUAUGAGCAAGGCCAGCUGUCCUUCUAUGAUGUGGAGAAGAGGUCCCACAUCUACACCUACAACGAGACCUUCACAGAGAGACUGUUCCCCUUGUUUGGGACUGUUGAGGUGGUGAAGGAUAUGGUGAUCAGGUCAGCACAGACCAGGGAACCCUGUCUCUGUCCUGGACCCUGUCUUUGGUGCUGAGUUAAAUUCACAGCAUUCUUUAAAACUGGUUCGUGAGAGCUUGCCUAGAAUCCACUCUAAAUAUUGUAAACAUAGCAAUAUUCAGUGUCCAUUCAAGGCUAGUGGAGGGCAGGCUUUGUAUGUUUUGGUCAAGCACUGAUACACCUUAUUCAAGGGUUUGAUGGGAACUAUUCAUAUUAGUUGGCAUGGUCAUUCAUGGUAUUAUGGCAUGUUGAAAGAAAGUGCUGCCCAAAAAUAGUUCAGUGAGAGCUUUUCAGAGAGAGCUUGUUCAGUGAAGAGCUUGUUCAGUGAGAAGACACAGAAGAUAGACAGCAUGCAGUAGUUCAUUCUUCCUGUCUCUGAGUCUUUGCCUCUUCUGCUUGCCAUGGUCUCAUAAUGAGCAUCAGUAUAUUCUUGGAUGUUGACAGUGUGUAUAAUGGUAAUAACAAUGCUUUUUUCAGUCAUCAAUAAAUGUAAAAACAAUCCAAGAAAUAUUAGUUUGUCACUUUGUGAC